UUGAUUGGUAAGCCCUUCAAUGUUACCGGCGAUGCCAAAUACUUCAAAAAUCACGAAAACAGGAGGUCUGGUGUAGUGCCUAACGUACCCGAAAAGUAUCAAGAACGAGCAAAGGCAAGAAGGCGGGGUGCUGGAACACAUCAAACUGCAAUUCGAAACUUCACCAUUCAAAUUCCUAAAAAAAAAGACGCGCAACAACCUUCACCUCCUUCGAUAACAUCCACUUCGCCUACAACUCAUUUUCCUUUACCCCUGUCAAAUAAUUUAUCGGAAGCUAAUGAACAAGCGAAAGAAACUUUGUUAGCAUCAAAUACACCUCCUGAACCAAUAAUAUCAAAGACUACAGAGAACUUUAACCAUAUUACUUCUACUAAUACCGAUUUGAAUGUUAAUGAUGAAAAUGAUAGCGAUAAUGAUGAUGCAAUAGUUCCUGAUCACGAAGCUGUUACAAAUAUUUCAGAUGAUAAUAGAGUGGAAGAAAUCGAGCAACCAGUAACUGUUAAAAAGACGCGGCGCGUUAUAUCACGAGGCGGUUCACGACGUGCAAAAAAAAUAAAAUGUUAUAAAUUCAAACCUCCUUCAGUUCGGGACAAACAUGGGAAAAUCAUUAAAAGAGCGGCAAGAGUUGGAGUGAAUACGAUCGAUGUCAUCGGCGAGACAAUCUAUUCGACGAUUAUAGGAUACAAUGAUCAAAGCACCUUUAAAAAAGAGUUACAACUCUUUAAGGAACAAGUUGAAGUUUUUCUAAUUAAACAGACUGAUCUAAGUGAUGAACAUACAUUAAGAGAAUCGGUGUAUGCUGAUGAAGAUACGAUGGAAGAGGAUAAUGAAAUAAAAGAUUCCUUCGAGAGCCUAUUAGCAAACAUUACUACUCGUUGUGGCGAUCUUUCUAUUUCAUCAUCUAUCACACCAAGUGCAAAUAGAAAUGUUGGCUUAGAAGAACAAGAAGGUUAUGGAACUCUUGGAAUCAUACGAAGGUUCAAUAAUUUAUUGGAAGUAAUGGAUGCUACAAUUAGAGAAGCCACUACUAAUACGGAGAAUGGGUGUUGGAUAAACAAAUAG